CCCCGUCUCCUGGCGCUUGGCUUGGGGUCCGAUGUCCACACAGUGCUUUCCGAAUCCUUUGGAAGGAGGAGCGCCUUAGAGACAGACCUGCGCCUCUCUCUCUCUCUCUCUCUCUCUCCAUCCCUUCCCUACUUUCUGCCAGGAGAAUGGGAAGGACCUGCUGGGGUUCGGCUCGCUGAAAGCUUGACUAAGGAGGGGACGGGCCGACGGACUUGGAGGGAAGUUUGGGAGCGGUUUGGGUCAUCCAGCUGGAAGAAAACAACGCACAGGCAGCGCGGGAGCCCUCCUCCUCCUCCUCUUCUUCCUCUUCCUCCUCCUCCUCCUCCUCCUAAGAGAGACUUUUCCAGGCGGCGUGCGUUCUUCUCGCAGUUACUUCCUUUCCUCGCGGGAGACGCGCCUCAGUGUGAGCGAAGCGCGGACCAAUCAAGGCGGGACUCAGGAUGCUGUUGCUGCAUUGCUCCAUGUCCUACUUCCUUCUCCUGCUACCCUUAAGCUCCUGGACACAGAAACUGCCCACUAGAGAUGAGGAACUUUUUCAGAUGCAGAUCCAGGACAAAACCUUUUUCCAUCAUUCAUCCGUACUCCCAGAUGGAGCUGAAAUCAGCAGCUAUCUAUUCAGAGAAACACCCAAAAGGUAUUUUUUUGUGGUUGAAGAAGAUAACACACCUUUAGCAGUUACUGUAACUCCCUGUGAUGCUCCUUUGGAGUGGAAGUUGACUUUACAAGAGCUUCCAGAAGAGUCCAGUGGAGAAAGCUCAGGCGAGCCAGAGCCACUUGAACAUCAGAAACAACAAAUUGUCAAUGAAGAAGGCACAGAGCUGUUCUCAUAUAGAGGAAAUGAUGUUGAGUAUUUUGUGUCCUCUAGUUCACCUUCUGGCCUCUAUCAGUUAGAGCUCCUGUCAACAGAGAAAGAUACAAAUUUUAAAGUUUAUGCCACUACAACUCCAGAGUCAGAUCAACCAUAUCCUGAAUUACCUUAUGAUCCAAGAGUUGAUGUUACUUCUCUUGGCCGUACCACUGUCACUUUGGCGUGGAAACCAAGCCCUACAGCUUCCUUGCUGAAACAGCCAAUCCAGUAUUGUGUGGUCAUUAAUAAAGAGCACAAUUUCAAAAGCCUCUGUGCAGUGGAAGCCAAACAAAGUACUGAUGAUACAUUUAUGAGGGCCCCAAAACCUGGCCUGGACUUUAGUCCCUUUGAUUUUGCCCAUUUUGGAUUUCCUUCCAAUGGUAACUCUGGGAAAGAGCGCAGCUUCUUAAAAUCAUCACCAAAGUUUGGAAGACAGAUUUAUUCAAAGCCACGAGUUGACAUAGAAAAGAGAUGCAUUGGAAACAAGAAUAUCUUUACAGUGUCUGAACUGAAACCUGACACACAGUACUACUUUGACAUAUUUGCUGUAAAUACUAACUCAAAUAUGAGUACUGCAUAUGUUGGCACUUUUGCAAGAACCAAAGAGGAGGCCAAGCAGAAGACGGUUGAUCUAAAAGAUGGGAAAGUUACAGAUGUGUUUGUCAAGAGGAAAGGCUCUAAAUUUUUACGUUUUGCUCCUGUUUCAUCACACCAGAAGGUUACAUUUUUUGUUCAUUCAUGCCUUGAUGCUGUACAGAUCCAAGUCAGAAGAGAUGGGAAACUUCUCUUGUCUCAAAACGUUGAAGGCAUCCGUCAGUUUCAACUUAGGGGAAAGCCAAAAGCUAAAUACCUAAUCCGACUGAAAGGAAAUAAAAGAGGAGCUUCCAUGUUGAAGAUUUUGGCCACCACAAGGCCAAAUAAGCAGUCAUUUCCAUCUCUUCCUGAAGACACAAGAAUUAAAGCCUUUGAUAAACUUCGCACAUGUUCGUCAGUCACAGUGGCAUGGCUAGGUACACAGGAGAGAAACAAAUUUUGCAUCUACAGAAAGGAAGUAGAUGAUGACUAUAAUGAGGAGCAGAAGAAAAGAGAACAAAAUCAGUGCCUGGGACCAGAUGUGAGGAAGAAAUCAGAAAAAGUCCUUUGUAAAUAUUUUCAUAGCCAGAAUCUACAAAAAGCAGUUACAACAGAGACAGUUAAAGGCCUACAGCCUGGCAAAUCCUACCUUCUGGAUGUUUAUGUGAUUGGACAUGGCGGACACUCUGUCAAGUAUCAAAGCAAAUUGGUGAAAACAAGGAAAUUCUGUUAGUACACUCCCAUAGAGGAGUUGUGAACUGUAUUGGUACUAUGUAGAGAAGAUAUUAACAAUAACAAUUAUAUAUUUAUGUUUACAAAAGCAAGUGAAGGGACUGAAACUGUAUUCUCAGUUGGUAUCUGGCAGUCGGCAUUGUCAUGUGUCUGGUCAUCCAUGUUUGAUGCUCACUAGAUAACCCAUGCGGGAGGGAAUUUUGACUACCCUUCUUUUGCUUCCAUGAUGUUGCAUGAAGUGCUUCUAAAUUAUUUUGUUACUUCAGAGGCUAAAAUAUGCCAUUCAAUUACCUUGUUAUCCUUGUGCACAGACACACAAACCUCCCACACAACCUCUAUCUCUACGUAGACUAUAGAGUUAUGUAAAUUAUUUUAUAAAGUCUUGUUUUAAAUGUCUAUGUUUCCAUGAUUGUAAACUAUAAGAAAUCUUUCUCUGUUAAACACAGUUCUGAAUUAAGUAUUAAUUGGACUACCCCAAAGUCAAUUUUAUUGUAAUGUAAAUUCCCAUCUCUCUAAUUUUUAAAUGUUUAAAAUCUUGUAUGUAUUUCAUGUACAAAAUUGUCAGACGUUAUAUUCCUGUACAUAAAUUAAAAUAUUAGAUUAUA